UCGCGCCCCGCCAUGGAGGACCUGGAUGCUCUACUCUCCGAUCUGGAGACCACCACUUCACACAUGCCAAGAUCAGGGGCUUCAAAAGAACAAUCCCCAGAACCUCUCACAUCUCCCCUAUCCUAUGGCCAUCAGCCACAGAUGGGGUCUGGGGACUCUUCAGGAACCUCUGGAGAUAAGGACCACCUAUACAGUACUGUCUGCAAACCUCGGUCCCCAAAGUCUAUGGCCUCUGGAGCUCCUCCAUUCUCCUCUUCCAGUGGAGUCUUGGGUUCGGGGCUCUGUGAGCUAGACCGGUUGCUUCAAGAACUUAAUGCCACUCAGUUCAACAUCACAGAUGAAAUAAUGUCUCAGUUCCCAUCUAGCAAGGAAACUUCAGAGGAAAAGAAAGAGGAUCAAUCUGAAGAUGAAAAAAGAUCCAACCUCACUCCCAGUCCAAACCCUGUUCUGUCAAAGCCUUCAGCCACCUCAGCCACCCUGGAGCUGGAUAGACUGAUGGCUUCACUCUCUGACUUCCGUGUUCAGAACCAUCUUCCGACCUCUGCGCCAAGCCAGCCACCAGCGCCAGGUUCUGCGAAUGAGGGUUCCUUGUCUACACCAGGCCCUGCAAACAAUAAAGGAAGCCUAGAUACUAUGCUGGGAUUGCUGCAGUCGGACCUCAGCCGCCAAGGAGUUCCCACCCAGGCCAAGGGCCUCUGCAGCUCCUGCAAUAAACCCAUUGCUGGACAAGUCGUAACAGCUCUGGGACGCGCUUGGCACCCUGAACACUUCCUUUGCGGUGGCUGUUCUACAACCUUGGGAGGCAGCAGUUUCUUCGAGAAGGAAGGAUCCCCAUUCUGCCCCGAGUGCUACUUUGAGCGCUUCUCCCCACGCUGUGGUCUCUGCAAUCAACCCAUCAGACACAAGAUGGUCACUGCCUUGGGCACCCACUGGCACCCGGAGCACUUCUGCUGCGUCAGUUGUGGGGAACCUUUUGGAGAUGAAGGUUUCCACGAGCGCGAGGGCCGCCCCUACUGCCGCCGGGACUUUCUGCAGCUGUUCGCCCCGCGUUGCCAGGGCUGCCAAGGCCCCAUUCUGGAUAACUACAUCUCUGCGCUCGGGGCACUCUGGCAUCCUGACUGCUUUGUCUGCAGAGAAUGCUUCGCGCCCUUCUCAGGAGGCAGCUUUUUCGAGCACGAAGGCCGCCCACUGUGCGAGAGCCACUUCCACGCGCGGCGUGGCUCUCUCUGCGCCACAUGCGGCCUCCCAGUGACGGGUCGCUGCGUGUCAGCACUGGGCCGCCGUUUCCACCCUGACCACUUCACCUGUACCUUCUGCCUGCGCCCGCUCACCAAGGGCUCUUUUCAGGAGCGAGCCGGCAAGCCCUACUGCCAGCCCUGCUUCCUCAAGCUCUUUGGUUGACCAUGGCUCUUCUGAUUGGUCCCUCCUGGAGGAUGGCAAAGUCAAGUCCUUCUCAGAGUUUGGGUUCUCCAGACCAACUAGAUCUUCUUGCUCUAUCAAUUGUGGCCCUUGCCAAUCCCUACCCUUUCACUCCCCAACUCUGUGGUGCCCUAUCUACUGGAGAGACCCCACCCUAAGGUACUGUCCGUUCUCCCAUGGUCAAUUUCAGAAAAGGCCCCCCCAAGGGGCGAGGCAAGGCCUCACCCACCAAAGCAGGAAGUGUAAUUCUGAGGGUCCCUGGGGCCCUUCACAUCAUUUUCCCAUUCUCUGAGGCUGCCAGCUCAUCAGAGACUGCCAGGGGCCUUCUAGCUCCAGUUCCCUCACUACUAUGUGCACUUUUUUUUCUACUAUAUAAAAACACACUUCUAGUCA